UGAGGCGCCAGUGUGACGCCAUCUACCGGUGGAAUGCAGGAAUAAAUAAACAUUCUCGCUGUGAGGUGCGUUCAGGUGGAAGAGGAAGAACUCGUAUCUCUCCACACUGGAAAGGUGAAGAUUCAUUAUUAUAUUUCAUGGGAUCUUCUUCUUGGGACCACGGAGCUCCGGAGGAGGGACUUGAUGGCAACGUGACGUCAUAUCCCCGCGACGCACGUGUGCGCGGAGUCAGUCGCGGAGAUGGCUGCAGAAAGGCUUCAGUUCCACGAGAUGGGCUUAGACGACCGACUUUUAAAGGUGGUUGCAGACCUGGGCUGGUCCCAGCCGACGCUCAUCCAGGAGAAGGCCAUCCCUUUGGCGCUGGAGGGGAAAGACCUGCUGGCUCGAGCUCGCACCGGAUCGGGGAAGACCGCCGCCUACGCCGUCCCCGUCAUCCAGCGCAUCCUGGCCUCCAAACAGAGCGUCCGAGAGCAGGACGUGAGGGCUCUGAUCCUGGUUCCGACCAAAGAGCUGGGUCAGCAGGUCCAGGCCAUGAUCCGACAGCUAACGGCCUUCUGCUCCAGAGACGUCCGAGUGGCUGACGUCUCCGGGAAAACGGACCUGUCCGCACAGAGGCCCGUCUUAAUGGAGAAGCCCGACGUGGUCGUGGGGACGCCGUCCCGCGUGCUCGCCCACCUCGCCGCCCAGAACCUGGUGCUCCAUUCGUCCCUGGAGAUGCUGGUGGUUGACGAGGCCGACCUGCUCUUCUCCUUCGGCUUCGAGGCCGACCUGAAGAGCUUGUUGUGCCACCUGCCGAAGAUCUACCAGUCGUUCCUGAUGUCGGCGACCUUCACCGAGGACGUUCAGGCCCUGAAGGAGCUGCUGCUUCACAACCCCGUGAUCCUGAAGCUUCAGGGCUCUCAGCUCCCCGACAGCAGCCAGCUGCAGCAGUACAGCAUCAAGUGCGAGGAGGAGGACAAGUUCCUGCUGGUCUACACGCUGCUGAAGCUGCGUCUGGUCCAGGGGAAGACGCUGGUCUUCGUGGGCUCGGUGGACCGGAGCUACAGACUCAAACUCUUCAUGGAGCAGUUUGGUAUUCCCGCCUGCGUGCUCAACUCCGAGCUGCCCGUCCAGUCCAGGUGUCACAUCAUCACGCAGUUCAACCAGGGCUUCUACGACUACAUCAUCGCCACAGACGAGCAGAGCCUGGCGGACCCCGCCGCCGCCGCCGCUCCGCCGCCCCCCAGCAAAGGGAAGAAGAAGAAGAGCUCUGAGAGAGGAGGAAGGUCGAAGGACAAAGAGUUCGGGGUCUCCAGAGGAGUCGACUUCCAGAACGUCGCCAACGUCCUCAACUUCGAUUUCCCUCUCACGGUGGAGUCGUACAUCCACCGCGUGGGGAGAACGGCGAGGGCAGACAACCCCGGCACGGCGCUGUCCCUGAUCUCCCACACGGAACUGGGGCUGCUGGAGGAGGUGGAGGAGGCGCUGACGGGAGAUAACGCCGAGUCGGUUCUCAAACCGUACACCUUCAGGAUGGAGGAGAUCGAAGGCUUCAGGUACAGGUGCAGGGACGCCAUGCGGUCAGUGACGAAGCAGGCGGUGAGGGAGGCGCGGCUGAAGGAGAUCAAGCAGGAGCUCCUCAACUCAGAGAAACUCAAGACGUAUUUCGAGGACAACCCCAGAGACCUUCAGCUGCUCCGACACGACAAAGACCUCCACCCUGCCGUCAUCAAACCUCACCUGAGGAACGUCCCGGAGUACCUCGUUCCUGAGACGCUGAAGGGCUGCGUCAACCCGCUGUCCGCCCGCAGGAGGAGGAAGACGGCGCUCCGAUCCAAGCCGGACGGAGUCGUCAAGAGCAGCUUCAAGAAGAACCUCCGGGGGAAGAACCCUCUGAAGAGCUUCCGAUACAGCGGGCCGAGGAGCAGCCGCUCGUAACCACGGAAACCGGCGAAGGCUUCGCCAGGAGGACUCGGGAGGACAUGACGUACGCCAGGAAUACAGUGUCUGUGUUCGACUAUUUGUGAUGCAUGUGUGAAACGUUGAAGAUGUUUGUUAAAAUAAAGGGAUUUCUUCUCA